AUGAUAUACUUUCUGUUCGCACUCGCUUUCAUCCUUGCCACUAUUUAUUACGUCAAUAAGGCUAUUUCAAAGUUUCAGUGCUGUCCCACACGCAUUAAUCAUGAUUAUGAUGCGAUCAUUGUGGGUGGGAGCAUCGCAGGGCCGACGAUCGCGAAAGCCUUAUCAGACCAAGGCCGAAAGGUGCUUCUAAUCGAAAGAAAACUUUUCACAAAAUCUAAUCGUAUUGUUGGCGAGCUUCUACAGCCUGGUGGUAUUAGUGCGCUUAAGAUUCUUGGGAUGGAUCAGUGCGCGACCUCCAUUGGCAUGCCGUGUAAGGGUUACGUCGUGGCUGAUACCAAAGGUAGGCAGCUAGAGCUGUCCUUCCGAAAUGGGGUACAAGGCGUGUCGUUUCACUUUGGAGAUUUUGUACAUAACUUGCGCGAGUUUACGUACAAAAAUUGUCAGGAAAAUGUCACGAUGAUAGAAGGCACGGUAAAGACAAUCUUGACAGAGGGUCACACGUGUUAUGAGCGGGCUUAUGGGGUUGAGUAUACCGUCGUGGAGGAUUACCACGAACCCGAGGAUCCUUUCCAUGUUGAUCCACCAAAUUCUGGUAAUGCAUCUUACGUGACGAAAACUGCAACUGCCCCACUGAUUAUCAUGUGCGAUGGGGGAAUGUCAAUGUGGAGGGGGCGCUACCAGCACUUUACACCGGCUGCUGAAUAUCACUCUAACUUUAUUGGAAUUAUCCUUAAAGGCGCAAAAUUGCCUAUUGAACGAAAUGGUACUAUCUUUUCGAGUAAGGAGGCUAUUAUCCUAUCCUAUCGCCUGGAUCCUAACGAGGUGCGCGUUUUGGUGAUCGCCAAUUACACGAGGCUUCCUCGUUUAUCAAAGCUGUGUGAGUGGCUUUUAAAGGAGGUGGCGCCCUCCCUGCCUGAGGGCAUGCGUGAAGCAUUUAUUUGCGCUGUUACCAAACAAUCAAAUAUCCAGAUUGUACCUGUCGCAGCAUGCCCUCCUACCUUUCCGUCCAUUAAGGGCUACGUUGGGAUUGGUGACCACAAUGAUCAGCGAAACCCUCUCACUGGCGGUGGGAUGACCUGCGCUUUCCACGAUGCUAUCUGUCUCGCCAACAAACUCAAAGACAUUCCUCAAAUGCGGACGAACAAUUUGAUGCAUGCGGCUAUAAUUCAAAAUCGCAUCCAGGACGCCAUUUGGGGCUAUUCACGUCAUCGCUAUCACCACAGCAGUUGUAUUAAUAUCCUUUCAUGGGCCCUCUACAUGGUAUUCAGCACAGAGCUGCUGCGAGAGGUCUGUUUUGACUACUUUAAGCGCGGCGGGGAUUGCGUAACGGUACCGAUGGAUCUCCUUGGCGGGCUUAACUCCAGUUUAUUGACUUUAAUUUAUCAUUACUUUAGUGUCAUGCUCCAUGGAGUUAAUUUAUUGCUAACAGGGGAUGGGACCUUUUUGUCUCGAACCCAUAAGCCUCUUUCCAGGUACCAAAAGCUUAAGAAUGCGUUAACUUUUUUCAUAAGCUUUUCGCGUCUUUAUGAGGCUACUUACUUGAUGAUCAUUUUUAUAAUUGCUGUGGUGCAAAUUGGUAUGCGGGAAUUUUACUCACCGUGGCGUCUCAUUGAUCCUGUCAGUGUUGUUGGAAAAAUAUGCAAAGAUAUCAAGACACAUGCCUACAAAUUCUUAUUCGGCAGUAAAUAUUCCAAACCUGUAGGAUUCUGA